UUUCAGCACAGAAGAAAACAUGGCCUACAAUGUUUGUGGGAAAUUAGCCAAUUUCCUUUUCUUCAUCCUCAACUUGGGACUAAUCGUUGUUGGAGUAAUGAUAACUUGGUACUCUAUAUGGAUGAUACUUCACCAAUUCGAAGUAACAGUUGCCAGAACAAGUCUUGUUAGUUUUUUGAGUGUGGACAAUAUUGAAUGGUUUUAUGUAUACCGGACAAUUUCUAUAAUGAUUGGGGGAUGUAUGGUAGUUCUCGGUUUAUGCGGCUGCUUCGCAGUGUGCUUUGGAAGCAAAACUGCGUUGUCCGUACAUCUCGUAUUGGUUUUUUUAGUUUUCGUCGUAAAAAUUGUGGCAAUUGUGAUGUUUUUAGCGAAUAAAGAUCAUCUUCGAAGAGAGUUUGUCGGUGUUUAUCGUGACGAAUUGGUUGCAAACUAUCAUAACAAUUCACGAACUAAAAACACUCUUGAUUGGGUUCACACUAGUUUGAAAUGCUGUGGAGCAAACGGUUGUGAAGACUUUUUACCAGCCGGCAAUUUUCCAACAUCUUGUGAAUGUGGUACAAAGAAUGCAAUGGUACGUAUGGAAGGAUGUGCUCUCAUCACUUGGGCAGUAUUUGAAGAUGGAACACUCCAAGUUGCUUUCCUUGGAUUGAUCUGCAUGUUGAUUGAGCUUGGAUUGAUGAUUUUUGCCGCAAUAGUCAUUGAUAGAAUCAGAAGAGAACCUUGUGCAAUUCAGAAAGUUGGAUGAAUUUAAAUUCCAGUUUUUUGUUACUUUCAUGUUAAUAAACUUUCAAAACAUC